ACAAAGUUAAAUCUAAUUUCAAUUUUCAACCAUCUCCAAAUGGGACUUCUGUUUUAACUUCUUCAGAGUUAAGGGGCAUAUACCGAAUUUAUUGUAAAGCUCAGUAGCAUGCAGCUAAAACUUAUAAAUUGUCGUAUUUAAUUUAAUUAUAAAAAUAAUGCCAAUCUCAACAAUAAAUUAAGAAUUAUGAAUUCUUGGUUGAAGCCAAUUUCAAGAAAUAAAAACCAAGCUUCGACUUCUUAUACGUGUUUAAAGUGAACGCCGCCGCCGUGGCAAUCGCCGCUCUUCAACGCCAAUUCUCAGAUUUUCGUCGCCAGAAUACUCGCCCAACCCUCGACCUUAACUGCGGCGGUCCAGAUUAUGGCGGCUACUAAUCAGCUCAAUGUGGAGGAGCGGCCGUCGUGGGGGUCUCGUAGUGUCGAGUGCUUCGAAAAACUCGAGCAGAUUGGGGAAGGGACUUACGGUCAAGUAUAUAUGGCCAGAGAAAAGAGAACUGGAGAGAUUGUCGCUUUGAAAAAGAUACGGAUGGAUAAUGAAAAAGAGGGGUUUCCUAUCACUGCAAUCCGGGAAAUAAAAAUUCUAAAGAAGCUACAGCAUGAAAAUGUUAUUAAGUUGAAAGAGAUAGUGACAUCUCCUGGUCGUGAAAGCAAUGAGCAGGUACAUCCAGUUACAGAUGCAGAGAACAAUAAGUACAAGGGAAGCAUUUAUAUGGUGUUUGAAUACAUGGAUCACGACUUAACUGGCCUUGCAGAUCGUCCUGGACUAAGAUUUACCGUUCCACAAAUAAAAUGUUACAUGAAGCAACUACUCACGGGUCUUCAUUACUGUCAUGUUAAUCAAGUGCUUCACAGAGACAUAAAAGGUUCCAAUCUUCUCAUUGACAAUGAGGGAAACCUGAAGCUUGCAGAUUUUGGACUUGCGCGAUCCUUUUCCAAUGACAUUAAUGCUAAUCUUACAAAUCGGGUUAUUACAUUGUGGUACAGACCUCCAGAGUUGCUUCUUGGAGCUACAAAGUACGGUCCAGCUGUUGACAUGUGGUCUGUGGGUUGUAUCUUUGCUGAGCUAUUGUACGGAAAGCCAAUCUUACCUGGAAAGAAUGAGCCUGAACAGUUGAAUAAAAUAUUUGAGCUUUGCGGAACCCCUGAUGAAUUGAUGUGGCCUGGUGUUUCCAAGAUUCCUUGGUAUAACAAAUUUAAGCCCACUCGUCCGAUGAAAAAGCGAAUCCGGGAGCUCUUUAGACAUUUUGACCGGCAUGCUUUGGAUUUACUGGAGAAAAUGCUCGUUCUUGAUCCUGCUCAGAGAAUCUCAGCAAAGGACGCUUUAGAUGCGGAAUAUUUCUGGACUGAUCCCUUACCUUGUGAUCCGAAAAGUUUGCCAAAAUACGAAUCAUCACACGAGUUCCAGACAAAGAAGAAAAGACAGCAACAACGACAGAAUGAAGAAAUUGCGAAACGACAGAAGUUGCAGCAUCCACAACAACAUGCUCGCUUGCCCCCUAUCCAACAAACCGGGCAGUCUCAUCCACAGCACUGGAAUGGUCCUGGUCAUCAGAUGAACAACUCUCAGAUGGCCAUCACCGGGGCGCCUAGUCAUCAUCAGUACGGAAAGCCACGCGGUCCACCAGCGGGGCCCAGUAGGUACCCUCCAGGCGGGGCUGCUGCUGGUGGCUUCUAUCAAGAUCGCGGAGGCCAGAGUGGAGGCUAUAAUAGUGCCCCAUUUCCCUCACAGGGGCGAGCACCCCCACCAUAUCCUGGAAAUACAGCUCCCUCAAACGGUCCGCGAGGGGCAGCUGGUGGAUACGGGGCUCCUCCUAACUACUCGCAAAGCGGUCAAUACGGUGGAAGGGGUCCAAAUCCAAUGGGUGGCAACAGAAACCAACAAUAUGGUUGGCAGCAAUAGCAAAGGCAAGUAAGUAGUUGCAUCAUACACACAUAAUUUAAUUCGGUAGUACACAGACAAGGGGGAGGAUCCGUGCCUCCAUUGUUUUAUGUGGUUACAGUUUUGCAAAUUGUUACUAGGCUUUGUAUAUCUAGUGGAUUAGUUGAUAUAGUUUUUUGUCAAGGGUGAGUGGUCAGUGAAUCUACAUCUUUAAAGCAUGUAGGAUUUGGUCCCUUUUUCAUGACCCUAUAUGUUGGUGUGCUGGUAUUCUGUCAUCUGUCACUGGAGAUGCUUUCUUGAAUUUUAAAUCAUAAUUUUCUAACAU